AUGCGGGUCUUCACCUCUUUGGCGGCCUUGAUAGCCGGCACCGUAGUGCAGCACGCGAAUGCUCAGGCAGAUUACGGAACGCAUGGCGGCAACCAGGGCAACAAUGCCAAUGGCAACUCUGCUGGCCUUCCUGCCGGAUCUCCAAACGGCGGCUUCAAUGAUGACCCCAAUGGCAAUGCCUAUGGAAAUCCAAGUGGAAAUUCCAAUGGCUCUCCUGCUGGCCUCCCUGGAAAUCUCCCCGGUACAACUCCUGACAUGUCUACCUGCGCUCUCCAAGUCGUCACAACAGUUUUUGUCACUGUAUACCCUACUAGCCAUCUUACGCCUUCUGGUGUUAUCCAGCCCAGUGACUUUGACCCCGAGCAAACCAUUCAUCAAACUGCGUUCCCUACUACACACGUCCCGAUUUCUUCAGCUGAAUCGGUUGAGGCCGCACACACCAGUGUCAAGCCUUUCACCACACUCACAAUCGACGUUUGGGGCAGCGAUCCUGAUUCCUCCAACGCAUUUACAUCUGAUGUUCCGUCCGCCCCUAUCUACACUGAUGGCGCUUCUGAUCCUGCUGAGACCUCCGCGGACUUUCCUGGUGGUUUCCCUUCACAGACACAAGAGCCUUGGCCCAGCAACGCACCGGUGUCUGAGCCUUGGGAACAUCCCACGCCAUCAGACGGACAGUCAUCUUUCAGCGCUGGACCGGUUAUUGGUUCUCCUACCGCUGUCCCCCCUGAAAAUUCCGCAUACGGCAAUGGGGAUGACUUCCCUAACAUUUCUUCCAACCCCGGUGGCGGACAACCAUCCGACUACUCUUCGCCAACUGGAACAGGUGGUGUGAAUGGCAACCAUCCUGUUCAAGUGACAGUCAUUGGCUCAGAUGGGAAACCAACAGUCCUCGAAUUUCCUGGAACCCAACCCAGCAACGGCAAUGGUAAUGGUGCUGGCCAACCUUUCCCCACAGUCACCGCUCCGAUCUCUGGCUUCAAUCCAGGUGGUGCUUCAGAAACUUCAGGCGUCUUAGCAACCGCAGCUGAGACCAUGUGCACCAGCUACACCAUCAUCGGGCCCAACGGAGUUCCCACUAUCGUCCACUCUACUUGGGUCGACUUCCCAACAGCCACUGCGAGCCUCCCUUCAGGGUUCCCAUCAGAUUUUCCAUCGGGUCUUCCAUCGGGUCUUCCAUCGGGUCUUCCAUCGGGUUUCCCUUCCAGCCUUCUCUCUGGCCUUCCUUCAGGCUUCCCUUCAGGCUUUCCAUCUGGCUUCCCAUCUGGCUUCCCAUCUAGCCUUCUCUCCGGCCUUCCAACCAACCCCAGUGUCAUCACGGGCUUGCCUGGUGGACCAGUCAUCGCGACACACACUGCGUUCACUGUCCUUGGCCCUGAUGGACUUCCAACUGUCAUUGAGUCAUCCUGGCUGUUGCCCGCACCGACAAGCACGCAGCUGGGCAUAUCUGGUCCGAAUUCUGUAGGUGGCUUCCCAAAUCAGGUCACUGGCAUCCCAACUCAAACUGCUGGAACGGUUGCUGGCAUGAGCAUGGAUGGCAGUACGACUUGCACAAGCUAUACAGUGCUGGGAUCUGAUGGCCUUCCAACUGUCGUUGGUACCACUUGGGUCGUUCCAAACCCAACUGCCGGCGCGAUUCCUGCCAACGUCGUCACUGGGGUCCCAAGCCAAGCUAGCGGAGUCUCUGGUUACCCUUCACAACUCGGAACGAAUGUUGGUGGUGCGAAUGCCAUCACUACCUGCACGAGUUAUACUGUCCUGGGAACUGAUGGGAUUCCCACGGUUGUUGAGUCCACCUUUGUUGUGCUCGCGAGCAGCGCUCUUCCUGCAGUUACCAACGGACUGCCUCUGCCUUCUGCUCAGGCUUCUGGAUUUCCACAAGGCAGCGGGAAUCUUCCUGAGGGAGGUAAUUUUGCCACAACUUGCAUCACAGUCGGCGUUAUAGGACCAGAUGGAUUCACAACGCCUGCUAUCCAAACCAUUGUCAUCCCUACCAGUGGCCUAGGCAGUGCUUUGCCUGUUCAAACCAAUCUUGGGUACCCUUCUCUUGUACCUGCCCAAACCGGUCUUCCUCUUCCCCAAGGAGGCCUUUCUGCUACUCCUGCUGGAAGUGAACUUUUCACCACCUGCAUUACGGUUACUACAGUAGGACCAGAUGGCAUGGCAACGCCUGUUGUUCAAACUAUUGUCGGUUUUCCGAGUGGUGCAGAGCUUGGGGCUUCUCUUCAGCCUCUCCCAUCUGGUGGACUGCCUCUCUCUAACCCUCAAUUUUCGAGUGGUAGUUGGAUCAACCUCCCUACCCUCACUCAAUACGGAUCUUUGGGAACCGGUCUGCCAGUUGUUUUGCCGCCAUCUGCAGUGGUUUCUGGCCUUGUGGAACCAACCGGGACUGUUACUGGUACCCGCACUUCGACUUUUACUGUCACCAAUGGUCCUGAUGGACGGCCUGCCACUCUUGUCCCGUACAGCGACGAGUGGAACAAUCAAGCUCCAGUCACGUGGACCAACGUCAUACCAGAGCAAACUACCACCUACACGAUCAACUUCCCUCUUACCACCCUGGCGACUGUCACCCUUCCCAAUCGACGUGUCAUGCGACGUCAGCAAGAGUCAGUAACGUCAGAGUUUGCAUGGGACAACUCUAGUUCUGUGCUCUCCUUCCCGGCCUUUAGUACCCCGAGCCCCUUUACUCCCGUUAUUCCUUCUGCAACAGAUUCCGUGCCACCGCAAGCUUCUGCUGUGGAUGGAUCAGAUUUUACCCCCAUGUGUCCUACUGGUGGAAAGAUUGGCAAUUUUACACUGGACUUUGAUGAUACCAAGGCCGGUCCACUCUUCAACCCUUCUCGCGAUAUCUGGUUCUCUCAAGGGUUCCUCAUCGCUCCCCCAUCGUCUCAAACCUCUCAAUCUUACAGCCCUUCAUCCGGCGGCCAGCUUGUGGAAUUCAUGCCACCAUCCCUGCCUUUAUCAGCUCAUUCUAGUGUGGGAGACACUGCUGAGAUUGGUGUUGGUCCAAAUGCUCCCAACCACUGCUUCAGAUUUGACUUCCAAGGCGCGAGUCUUGGCUGCGCGGCACAAGGUGCCGAAAAUUGGUGUGACUUUGAAGUUUCAGCAUACCGCUACAACGACGUUUCGCAAAGAGAGGAAUCAAUAGCCUGGUCUGAGACAAAGCAUAUUCCAGCAUGCCCCAACUUCCCUCAUGGGAACUGCCGGUUGACUCCUGUGUCGUUUGAUGGCUACACGAAUAUCACGUCGGUUCUGAUCAAUUUACGUGUCGGCAAUGAAGUACGAGUCUGGUGGGGAGAUGACUUCAAAUUCGGCUGGAACGACAAUGGUUGUGAUGCCGCGGCUUGUCGCGCGAAUGCUCUUCCUCAGCCCAUCAAGCGUGAAGUUAUCGAAUCAGCCGCCCGCCAAGGAGUCUGGCAUUGGACUCCGCGUGGGCUGAAGCGAAUGGAUGACGGAUAUAUCUGGGAAUCAGUAUAA